GAAAUUUCUAAUAGAAAUGGCUGAAUACAUUAGUCUAAAAGAGGAUGGAGGAAUUUAAAAGUUAAUUCUUCAGGAAGGAUAAGGGGAUUUGCCUUAAAAAGGUAAUGUAUGCGAGGUACCAAAACUAUUUAUCAAAGAUGUUCUAUACUGGAAAAUUGGAGGAUGGAACAGUGUUCGAUUCAAAUGAAGGAAAGGAUAUUUUUAGUUUCACUUUAGGCGAAGGAGAGGUCAUUUAGGGAUGGGAUGUUGGUGUUGCAUCAAUGAAGAAGGGCGAAAAGGCGCAAUUAAAAAUUAAAUCUGAUUAUGGAUAUGGAAAUUAAGGAAGUCCUCCCAAAAUACCAGGUGGGGCUACUCUUAUUUUUGAUGUCUAAUUGGUUGAUUUCAAGGAGAAAUAGAAGUAGAAAUGGUAUAAGUAAUUACAACAUUUUUAGGGAAUUGAGUGAUGAAGAAAAAACGACUGAGGCUAAGAAAUUUAAAGAUUUGGGAACAGCUGCUUUUAAGGAAAAGAAUUAUCCUGAAGCCAUUAAAUAAUAUCUUGAGGCUGUCAGUUAUUUUGAGGCAGAAACAGAUUUUGCUCAUGAACAAAAAUUGGCUUCUCAUUUAAACCUUAGUCUUUGCUAUUAUUAUACAAAGGACUACAAAGAAUCUCUAGAUCAUGCAUCAAAGGUUAUAAAUGAUAAACCAAAUAAUGCUUAAUUAGUUAAAGCUUAUUAUAGAAGAGCGAUAGCACAUAGUAGUUUGGCCGAUUACAAUGAAGCCAAAAGUGACUUGAAGUCAGCUUAUGCUAUUGACCCAAAUAAUUAAGCUGUUAUUGAGGAGAUGCAUGAAGUUCAAAACAAGAUAAAUCUAUCAAAAAAAAAGGAGAAAGAUAUUUAUGGAAAGUUGUUUUAAUAAUCAUACUAUGAAGAAGAGGCUAAUCCUAUUUCUUUAUAAGAAAGUGAUCCCAGCAAUGUAACUACAUACUUCGAUAUUAAAAUUGGAGAUGAUGAGCCAAAAAGAAUGGAAUUUACUCUAUUCCAGAAAUCUUGUCCUAAAACAGUCGAGAAUUUCAGAGCUCUUUGUACAGGUGAGAAAGGUGUUGGCAAAUCAGGAAAGCCUUUACAUUACAAGGGUUGCGAAUUUCAUAGAUUGAUUAAAGAUUUCAUGAUUCAAGGAGGAGAUUUCACCCAAGGAAGUAUGGAUUUUAUUUAUAUAUAAGAUGGUACUGGCGGUGAAAGCAUUUAUGGAGAGAAAUUUGCAGAUGAGAACUUUACUCAUAAACACACUGGAAGAGGGUAUUUGAGUAUGGCCAAUGCUGGUGCAAAUACAAAUGGAAGUCAAUUUUUCAUUCUUUUUAAGGACACUCCUUGGCUUGAUGGUAAAUUAACAUACUUAAAGUGUAGGCAAACAUGUUGUGUUUGGUAAAAUAACUAAGGGUAUUGAAUUGCUUGAUGUAAUUGAGAAAAUUGAAACAGAUUAGGACAAACCAAAAGUUAGUAUUGUUAUAGCAGAUUGUGGAGAAAUAAAACAAUGA